AUGAGAAAGGAAGCACUUACAGGAGCAAUUGCAUUAUCUGCCAAUAUAUCUUCAAAAGAAGUAUUAAAGCCAUCAAUACGCAGGGGAACAGGUCCCUGCACAUUUCCUUGUCUAAAUGGAGGUCACUGUGUGCACCCAGAUUCCUGCAACUGCAGUUUAUAUCAAGCAACAGGAAGUCGAUGCCAAACAGUUGCAAACACAGGAUUCGAGAGAGAGAUGACAUGUCGGUCAUGGGGACAGUAUAACUACGAGACAUUCGAUGGCCUGUACUACCACUUCCCAGGAAAGUGCAGUUAUACUCUGGUGAGAGACUGCGACGACACCUCUCAGUCCAGUGUCAUCAUACAGGUGCAUAAUGACCCAGAAUGCAGCUCUGCGCCAUAUUCCUGUGCCCGCUCUGUUAGCCUCUUCCUGCCAUGGGAGGGAGAAGUGCGGUUGCAGAAGAGCACCGUUACCUUCAAAGGUCAAAGUCUUGAGCUCCCCCACAAUAUCCAUGAUGUGGAGAUGGAGAGGAUAUCGCAGUAUGUCCUGGUGACCCAGCAGCACGGCUUCACGCUGGCGUGGGAUGACCACACUUCCUCGGUCUACAUCAAGAUGAGCCCCGAAUACGUGGGUCGCACCUGUGGUCUCUGUGGCAACUUCAACGCUGACGUCCAGGAUGACCUCAGGACCAGCUAUGGACUGUACACUCAGGACCUGGCCAUGUUUGGGAACAGCUGGGCUGAGGUGGAACCCCAGCAGGCCUGGUGUCCCACAGUGCCAUACCUGUACCCCUCUCCCUGCUCUGCCCAGGACCCCCACACCUUACUGAAAGUGAGAGAGGUGUGUGACAUGCUGCUGGUGGAGCCCUUUAAGGCAUGUCAUGAAUUUGUCAGCCCACUCUCCUACAUGGCCAGCUGCUCCAAUGACCUCUGCCUGUCAGGUCCGAAUGGCGACGUGGUGUGCCGGGUGUUGACAGAAUACGCCAGAGCAUGUGCCCACGCAGAGCAUCCGCUUGAUGACUGGAGGGAACACAUAACGCAGUGUGCGAUGGAGUGUGCUGAUGAACUGGUCUACAGGGAGUGCAUCACAUGCUGUCCUGUCUCCUGUAAUGUGGACAGAAUGUGCAUUGACAGCAAGCUGCAGUGCUUGGAUGGCUGCUACUGCCCUGAUGAUCUAAUCUAUGAGGGUGGGAGUUGUGUGAAAGCCUCAGACUGCCCCUGUGAAUACCACGGCAUGGUUUACCCCUCAGGACAGAUGGUUCAGGAGGAGUGCAACAACUGCACUUGUUUAGGUGGAGUUUGGAACUGCACAGAAUACAGCUGUCCAGGGGAGUGUUCUGUUACAGGAGACAUCCAUUUCCAUACGUUUGACGGACGCAUGUACACCUUCCCAGCUACCUGCCAGUAUGUUCUGGCAAAAAGCCGCAAUUCAGGGAGGUUCACAAUCACUGUGCAGAAUUCCCCGUGCGGACCGAAUCUGGAUGGGGCUUGCAUCCAAUCAGUUAACCUGAUUCUUGAUGAGGAUCCAAAGACCGAGAUCACAAUGAGUCACAGUGGCGAGGUCUUCAUAUCAAGCCAGUACAGAAUCUCCCUGCCAUAUUCAGAUGAGGUGUUUCACAUCCAGGAGCUGUCCUCCAUGUUCCUGCAGGUGAGGGCCGUGGCUCAAGGCCUGCGUCUGCAGUACAACUGGCGGGAGUUUCGUCUCUACCUGCAGGUGGACCCCCUGUGGAAGGAGGACACCGUGGGACUGUGCGGCACCUUCAAUGGAAACAUUCAGGAUGACUUCCUCUCCCCCUCAGGGAUGAUAGAGAGCACUCCGCAGCUGUUUGGGAACUCCUGGAGGCUCUCCUCGGCUUGCGUCCCCAGCCCCAGCCUACCCCAGCUGGACCCGUGCGACACACACCAGCAGGCAGCCUCCUACGCGGCUGAAAUGUGUGAUAUCCUAAACCAGGACCUGUUUGCCUCCUGCCACGAGUACCUGAGCCCGGCGCUCUUCCACCGCCAGUGCCGGGGCGACACCUGCAAGUGCGGGCAGCCCUGCCUGUGCUCGGCCCUGGCGCACUACGCCCGGCAGUGCCGCAAGCACGGCGUCAUCGUGGAGUUCAGGGCCCGCGUCUCUGAGUGCGCUCCCCUGUGCCCUGCGACAAUGGAGUACGGGACCUGUGUGUCCUCCUGCCAGCACCGCUGCUCUGCCCUGUCCUCCCCUCAGCACUGUGACGAGGAGUGUGAGGAGGGCUGCGUCUGCCCCUCUGGAACCUUCUACAGCAGCCGCACACACACCUGCGUGGAAAGAAGUCAAUGUCCAUGCAGCUACCUGGGUGCUGAGUACUCUCCUGGAGACGUGAUCAUGAGCUCAGCAGGUGUACAGGUUUGCCAAGAUGGUAGAAUGGUUUCCCAAAGCUCCACUAUUGAUAAGAUGUGUCCACCUGGCCAGCACUACCUGGAUUGCGAUGACCUCGCUGAUGCACCUGCAUCGGAGAGAGGGCUGGCGUGCGAACAGACCUGCGAGUCGCACCUGCUCAACCUCACCUGCUCAGCUCACGAGCCUUGCGUUCCUGGCUGUGCCUGCCCACCUGGGUUGUUGAAACAUGGAGAUGAAUGCUUUCAGCCUGAGGCCUGCCCCUGUUUUUGGAAGGGGAAGGAGUACUACCCUGGAGACAAGGUCACCUCUCCAUGUCACCGCUGCGUUUGCCAGCACGGGUCAUUCCAGUGCGUCUUCCAGCCCUGCCCGUCCAUGUGCACCGCGUACGGGGACCGGCACUACAGGACCUUUGAUGGGCUGCUGUUCGAUUACAUCGGGGCCUGUAAGGUCUAUUUGGUUAAGAGCAGUGUUGAUUUAACACUGAGUGUGAUGUCUGAGAACGUGGAUUGCUACGACAGUGGAGUCAUAUGCAGAAAAUCCCUGUUAAUAAACAUCGGGAAGUCUGUCAUCGCUUUCGAUGAUGAAAGUGGGAAACCAAACCCAUCCAGCUUGAUUGACAGGUCAAAAGUGGUGCUGAUAUGGAGGGCGGGGUACUUCACCAUACUGCACGUCCCUGAGGAGGACAUCACUGUACUGUGGGACAGAAAGACCACCGUCCACAUUCAGGCAGGCCCACGCUGGCAGGGAAAGUUGUCGGGUUUGUGUGGGAACUUUGACAUGAAGACGGUGAAUGAGAUGAGAACCCCAGAGAACAUGGACUCUGCUACUUCACAGGAGUUUGGAAACAGCUGGACUGCAGCGGAGUGUAUAAACAGCCCAGACAUCAGGCAUCCCUGCAGCCUCAGUCCUCUCAGAGAGCCCUUUGCCAAGAGGCAGUGCGGGAUCCUGCUGAGCGAGGUCUUUGAGAUCUGCCACCCGGUGGUGGAUGUUACCUGGUUCUACAUGAACUGCCUGAUGGACACAUGCAGCUGCAGCCGGGGUGGAGACUGCGAGUGCUUCUGCACCAGCGUGUCGGCCUACGCCCACCGCUGCUGCCAGGAGGGCGUCGCCGUCGACUGGCGCUCACCUGCCGUGUGCCCUUAUGACUGUGAAUUCUACAACAAAGUUCUGGGAAAAGGGCCCUAUAAGUUGGUGACAUACCGAGACAGGGACACUGCGCUGGCCGCCAACACGUCCGGCGGUGUGCUUUUCCCUCUGAGGCGGGCGCAGACCGCGGCGGGAAUCACUGCGCUCUUCAUGAUGACCCCAGGACUGAGCAGAGCGCGACCGCAUGACACCUCUCUGGUGUCCUUCGAAGCAGCGGGACGGCCGAACUAUUUUGUCCGCGCUCAGCGGGGCGGACAGCUGGAGCUGGCCAAGUUUGAGGAGCAGGGGCUGUUCUCUGACCAGGCCACCUUCGUCCUGCACCGGGACACCUGGAUCAGCGGCUACGACUCCCUGGAGUCCUUCGCCCGGCCCGGCUUCUUCCUGCACUACACCCGCUCCCGACUCCACCUGAUGAAGUACAACCACUCAGAUGGCUUCCGCAGGGCUACGCUCUUCAGGCUCACAGGCUUUGACUUGGACACCUCUCUUUGGCCUCGGUGCCAGUGGAGGUACGAGUCAUGUGUGAGCGCCUGCUUCAGGACCUGCAGUGACCCCAGCGGCCAGCUCUGUACCACCAUCCCAAAAGUGGAGGGAUGCAUCCCACAAUGCCCAGGUCACAUGGUUUUGGAUGAAGUCACUCAGCGAUGUGUGCAUCUGGCAGAUUGCAUUAAGCCACCAGUUGCUGUGGCCCCCACUCCUCCCCACAGUACUGCAGCGGCACCUGCAGCUGUCACUUCAACUGCGGCUGUCCCGGCUACUGCGGCGGCCUCCACGGCACACUCCACCGCCCCCGGCAUCUCCACGGCACACUCCGCGCCCCCCACCGCCUCCCCCGAGACCGCUGCUAAGGAAACGCACAGCACCAGCGCCGCGGUGCCCGCCGUGACUGAGAGGGAGCCGUCCACGACUGCGACUUCCCCUACUUUAACCUCCCAGCCCGUGACCACCUCGACCGUGACCAGUUUGGUGCCGGAGGUGGAUACCGGACCCCCCACCCCUGCAGUCCCUGUCACUCCUGGGACAUCGCCCGGGCCUCCUGUCCCUCCCACGGUAUCCGAGGUCCCUGUGUCCCUGACAUCAGAGACAACAUCCACAGCUGUGCUCACGAGCCUAGCAGGCCCAACUGGGCCAACAACCGUGGUGCUACCAACCACUGCACGCACUCCCAUGGAGCCUUCCACCGAGAGGACCAGCCCCAUUACCCCCACCGCCUUGUGGGUAACUGCCACCACAACUACUCCCACCACAGUCUCAGAGCCUGCCACCACCAGAACUACCACUACCACCACCCCUGCCACAACCUCAAAGACUGCUACAACCAGGACUACCACCACCCCUGCCACAACCUCAAAGACUGCUACAACCAGGACUACCACCACCCCUGCACAACCUCAAAGACAGCUACAACGAUCACCACCCGCACAACCUCAAGACUGCCAAUCAGAACACACCCCUGCUACAACCUCAAAGACUGCUACAACCAGAACUACCACCACCCCUGCCACAACCUCAAAGACUGCCACUACCCUCACCACUACCACCACCCCCACCACAGCCUCAGAAAUCACUACCACCAGAACUACCACUGCAACCACCCCGACCACAACUGCAGAGACUGUAACCACCACCUCCGCUACCACCACGACCACAGGAACUGCUAUCACCGCAUCCACCCCUACACCAGUCUCAGAGACUGCUACCACCAGAACUAGCACCACCACCACCCCCACCACAACCUCAGAGACAGCUACCACCAGAACUAGCACCACCACCACCCCCACCACGACAUCAGAGACUGCUACCACCAGAACUACCACUAUUACCACCCCCACCAUGACCUCAGAGACUGCUACCACCAGAACUAGCACCACCACCACCCCAACCACAACCUCAAAGACCGCUACCACAAGAACCACUACUACCACCACCACUCCCACUCCAGUCUCAGAAACUGCUACCACCAGAACUAGCACCAUCACCCCCACCACAACCUCACAGACCGCUACCACAAGAACUACCACUACCACCACCACUCCCACUCCAGUCUCAGAAACUGCUACCACAAGAACUACCACUACCACCACCCCCACCACAACCUCAGAGACUGCUACCACCAGAACUACCACUACCACCACCACUCCCAUGACCUCAGAGACUGCUACCACCUCAGCCGCCUCCACUGCAACUGCCACGAGGCCAGUUGCCACCUCAGAGAUAACCUCCAGCACAACUCGUGUCUCUCCACCCUCUCCCACUAUGGGUCUGUCCACCAGCUCCAUCCUGCUCCCAGUCAGCACCAGCACACUUCCUGUCCCUGCAGCUUCACCUUCGGAGGCGGUUACAGAAACCACCGUUAGCACCGCCUGGGCGACUCCCGUCUAUACCACCACCACCAGCACGCCAACCACGAUCAUCUCAGAAACCUCCAGAUUCACAGCCACAACCACAGAGACCACACACCCUACUACAACCUACAGAGAGACCAGCACAGGACCUGCUGUUGUUGAAACGGCUAAAACAACCAUGCACACCACCCUAGAAACCAGUCCCACCACCAUUACCAGCACCAUCACCACCACAGAAGCCUACACCAUCUCUCCUUCUACUCCCACACACACACUAGGGGUCACCACGCCCAAGCCUUCUACCACACAUUUGACUGAAUCAGCCACAACUGUGAGUGCCUUUACCACCAUAAGCUCCACCACGCCAGGUACGAGUCCAGAGGUCAUUUCCGCAGUAACUUCAGAAAGACAUGUUCCCACCGCUCCUGUCCUGAGAACGUCUACAACCACCCCCCCCUCUCUACCUUCUACUACCCCUGUUCCUGCGCUUCAAACCACACUGUCAUCGGUGCCCACUUCCCCUACUACUCAGCCUCCCAUUUCUACAAAGAAAACCACAACGGCAGCCUUCACUGCUGUUGUGACCUCCACAACCACCACAGUCCGUCCCCUAACGCCCAGCACCAUUGCCACCACCGCUUCCACACCUCCACCUGUGGAAGAAACUACCACAAGAACAGCAGAGACCCAGCCGACAUCAACCGCCACUACUGUCAGGACUUCCUGGAUAACUGGAGUGCCCACCACCGAGAGUACCUCAGAGAUGACCACUGUGCAUGUGCCGGUGUCCACGAAAACAACAGCCGUAGAUUGGAGACAGACCGCGGCUGACACUGGUGCCACAACUGCGCAGACCACCAUAGGCAGACCAGUCUCUCUGGAGGUGCCUCGCACAACUGUAAUACCUCUAGAGACCCCAAAACCAACAGUUAAAUUCCCUCACACCAUAGCCGCAACAUCUAUCUCAACUUCACCUGAAACGGCAGCUACAGAAACGACGGCAACAUCAAUAGUCUCUACUUCACCCAAAAAACCAGCGAUGACAACUAUCCCCACUUUGCCGGAAACUCCCGCAACAACGACUUUCACUACUUUUCCCGUUACCCCGUCGAAGAUGACCAUCUCCACUAUCCCCGAAACGGCAGCCACAACGAUGUCCAUCACCCCAGUUAUCAGAACUACGGAGUCAACAACAGUGAAAGCCCCCACAGUUGAAGCAGAGCUUUCAACCCUGCCCUCCACCUUAAAAAUGACAGAGACCCCGCGAUCUCCAUCCACCCAAACUUUGACCACUCCAUCCUACCUGACCCACAAAGUAAGCACUGCAGCGAUCACCUCUAAACCAUUAACCGCAACCCCCUAUCCCAGCUCACCCGCUGAGGUAAGCACUGCCACCAGUGAGAUCACCACGACAACCACAGCCAAACCCCUUGCAGUGACCAGCUCUAAGAUCACUGUUUCCACCUCUCCAGUGUCACGGGUCACUACAGCAACCUCCGAGGCAACUUCAGUUCUAAAGAGCACCAGGAAAACCACAGAGCGUCCUGAAGCUGCCACCCACUCGCCAGUGACAACUAAAACAGCCAGAACAGAGUCACCCACAACCAAAGAGAGGGAAACUUUUACCACUCACUCUACCACAAAGGCUACGACUGUGUCUCGCCUCAUUACUUCUACCACCAAGCCAUUGACUAUGCCUCCUCUUACAGGGACAAUAGGCCCUCCUCCGGUCACACAGAAAGUGGAGGUGCCAGAGGUUACUACAGCAUCAACAACUGCAUCACCCACACCUACGUCAUUGCACACUGCUUCAACCAGUCGACCAACUGUCACCACCACCCCUGAAAGAUACACGCCAAGAAUGACGUCCACCACAGGGCCCCCCCCCAGCACCAGGUCAUCUGUUGGGACCACACUGAGCAGAACCACGCGAGUGACUUCUCCACCAGUGCCCCUCGUGACUUCUACCAAGACAACCACGAUCAGUACUUCAACUGUCAGGACGUCUACUGUUAGCACUUCCACUGAGAGGCUCUCCUUGUCAACACGACUCCCGCCAUUGCCAACGACAACCACAGCCCCUGUUUACCCAUCAGCCCCUGUGAAACCUGUCUCAGUCACUGUCUCGACCACACGUACCACUCAGAGGUCCACCAGGCCUAUCACCACCACCAGAACCACAGAACCUCCACCCACAACGCUUUCUACUGAAACCACCAAAACCCACUCCACUCCACUGCCCAGCCUGACAUCAGUCACAGCGCCCCCUGUGGCCAUUACAGAAACCAGCAGGGUAACGAUCCCACUGCCCACUGCCACCCCUGAAAGCACUGUCACCACUGAGGGCGUCCCUCAGACUGAUACCCCACCCACAGAGAGCGCCAAAACUUCUGUGCCAGACUGGCUGACGUCCACUAAGCCUCGGCCUACCGACGGGGUCACAGUGCCCCCGUCUCCCACCCCUGUCGCGGUCACAGAGACAGCAGCCACCCCAACAACGGCCACCACCACAUCGCCCUUCACCCCCGCCACAGAUCGCUGGUGGACCACUGCACCAGAAACGGCCACACCCUCAGCUGCACCACACACCACUGAGGUCACCACCACCACCACCACUGCCAUACCCUCAACCAGGAUGUGCACGCCCCCAUAUUCAGAGAUCAUUGAUGAGUGCACCAAGUACAUCUGUGUGGGUGGGCAGCUGAUGCUGUUCAACAAGUCACAGAACUGCCCCUACAACUCCAUUCCUCCAAACUGCGGCCUCCUGGGAUUUGCAGUCCUGGUGAACGGAGACAAGUGCUGCCCUCAGUGGGACUGUCCCUGUCGCUGCUCCCUGUUCCCGGACUUGAACGUCAUCACAUUCGAUGGCAACAGCGUGGCGAUCUAUAAGGCAGCAUCGUACAUCGUGACCGAACUUCCCGACGAGACUGUGAGCAUCCAGGUGCAGGAGUGCCAGACCUCAGACACGCCGCUGUGGAAUUUCACCAGCCUGUGUCUGGUUGCUCUUAACAUCACACACAAAUCCAAUCAAGUUCUGAUCAACCGUCUACAGAGACGGUUGUAUGUGAACUCCAGGUAUGCCAAGCCCAGGUUCAGGAAGUACGGCUACGAAGUUUUGGACACCGGAAACAUGUACCUGAUCCGCACUCCGGCCGGCCUGAAGAUCCAGUGGUUUCACAGCACAGGGAUGAUGGUGGUGGAGACAGACGGCUACGGCCACAAACUCUCCACCAUGGGCCUGUGUGGCUGCUGCGAUGGUAACCCGGCCAACGACCUGACCCUGUCCAACGGGACGACGGUGGGCGAGGGCGAGGACCCGGCGCUCUUCAUCGAUAGCUGGCAGGUGCCCAACACCACCGUCUACGUCAGCCAAAGCCGCCGCCGCGAGGUCAACUGCUCCACCAGCGACUGCUCCGAGUGCCUGGACAUGCUCAGCAACCACAGCUUCGCCUCCUGCCACGCCUUCGUUCCUCCCACAAUAUUCUGUGAGGUGUGGGUGCGUGACGCAGAGUAUGUGAAGAACCCCUGUGUUGCGCUGGCUGCAUACGUGGCCUCCUGUCACAAAUUCAACAUCUGCAUUGAGUGGAGGAGCCCGGACUACUGCCCCUUCACCUGUCCCGACGAGCUGCGCUACCAGGCCUGCCUGCCGGCCUGCACCGCCCAGACCUGCCCCAGCCACGAGCUGGAGUCCGAUCCUGAGGACUGCUCCGGCCUGACAGAGGGCUGCGUGUGCCCCGAGGGAACGCUCCUCCACCGGCCCUACUCCGCCCUCUGCAUACCUGCCUACAAGUGCGCCUGUACGGACAGCUUUGGGAACCCCCGGUCCUCGGGUGAAGUCUGGAAGGCGUCUAAAGACGGCUGCUGCAUGUACAAGUGUGACAACGACACCAUCGUGCCGAUGGAGUACAACUGCUCCUCGGUGCCCCAGCCCGUGUGCCGGAGAGCGGGGGAGGUCACCGUCAGCCUGGCCGAUGACCGGAGCUGCUGCCCCCGGAAAGCCUGCGUUUGCAAUCAGACGCUCUGUGACGCGUACCCUCCCGAGUGCAAAUAUGGAGAAAAGCUGGUGUCCUACUACAGAGAAGACUCCUGCUGCCCAGACUACGUAUGUGAAUGUGACCCCAAUCUCUGUGAGUCUGACAUCCCCGCCUGCAGAGAGGACCAGACCCUCAUCGCAACCCGGGCUGAUGGGAGCUGCUGCCUGGCGCACAUAUGCAUGUGUGCUGCUUGUGCUGACGUUACUCCUGAAUGCCAGGAAGGAGAGGUGCUGACAGUUGAUGCUAACAGCACAGAUCGCUGCUGCCCAACCUAUCACUGUGUGUGUGAGCCGUACCGAUGCACAGGCUUCUCCUGCCCUGAGGGCAUGUCUGAGGUGUCUGUGGCUGUUCCCGAGCAGUGCUGUCCGCUACGGACAUGCGAGUGCAGUUGUGAAACUAUCAAAAGGCCAAAAUGUGAUCUGGGCGAGACCAUGCAGCUUGACAGGGCUUUCAUUGCUGACCCAAAAAACCAAUGUGGCUGCAAAAAAUACAAGUGUGAGCGGGAUGCCGUGUGUGUAGACGGUGAGAGAGGUGUAAUGCGGCCAGGACAGACUCUGGUGGAGCACAGUGCUGAGGGGGUCUGCUACACCACACAGUGCACCAGCAGCCUGGACCCCCACUCCGGGUUCUACCGCAUUCGGGCCACCAGCACCAACUGCUCGGCCCAGUGCCAGCAGAACCAGAUAUACAUUCCGCCAAAUGACCAGACCACAUGCUGUGGAGUGUGCAAGAACAUCUCCUGCUUAUAUCAGAAUGAAAAUGGAUCCAUCUCGCUCAGCAAGCCCGGAGAAACAUGGGUGUCCCAGUGCACCAAGUACGAGUGCGCAGCCACGCUGUCUGGCCCCACGCUGGUCUCCUAUUCCUUCAGCUGCCCCCCCUUCAAUGAGACCGAGUGUACCAAGAUUGGGGGGACCAUCAUCAGCUACAUGGAUGGAUGCUGCAAGACCUGUAAAGAAGAUGGGAAAUCCUGCCAGAAGGUGACUGUCAGAAUGACGAUCAGGAAAAAUGACUGUCGGAGUAAUCGACCAGUGAACAUCGUGUCCUGCGAUGGGAAGUGUCCGUCGGCCAGCAUAUACAACUACAACAUCAAUACGUACGCGCGGUUCUGUAAGUGCUGCCGGGAGCUGGGCCUGCAGCGGCGCAGCGUGCAGCUGUACUGCAGCGGGAACUCCACCUGGGUCAACUACUCCAUCCAGGAGCCCACCGACUGCUCCUGCCAGUGGUCUUAGGGUCACCGCCGCGCCCCCCUCACAGGGAGAGGGGUGUCCCGACGCUGUGCCCCGCAGCUGCAGUCCCGCCAAGGAGGGAGGGGUUCAGGGGAGGCGCUAUAGAUUUGGGGGGGGGGGAGGGGGGUUAAAAAAUCAGCAUCUGCCAAUCGUUUCAAUCAAACAAUAAUCCAACAAUAAUGUCACCGUAAUACUCACCGUAAUUAUGACUAGCAUACCAUUAACCAGAAAAUAACCGUAAGCUCUUCAGAGGGUAUAAUCAAUUCCAUUUUACAGUGCCUCUGUUUAUGUACAAUAUAUCUGGUCGCAUUUACAACGGGUUUGUUAUUAAUGUGAAGAGCUGCAUGAUAUCCCUGCCUAAGUUUACAUUUGGAGGCAAAGUGAGCGUUUGACGUGAGGUCUGCAGGUGAGGUAAACCACACCCUGGGACUGAGGUGAGUCAGGAAAACGGGGUGUCUGAAUGUAGGGGUACGGCACACAGGUAACAAGCGAUGCAGUACAUUUACAAAGCAAACUUAUAUCGUACUUCUUCAGCAUGCCUUGUACUUUAAUCCAUUAGUCUGUGCUGAAGGGCUGGGUAACAGCACACAUGCUGUAGGUUAGCCCUCAGUAUCCACCUCAAAUCUACCGGCCUGCAGAAAUGGCCGAACACUGACAGAUAACACUGGUACUAAUUCUUUGAAUUACCGACAAAAAUUUGUGUUCAUCUGUGAACAGUUCGUAGGUUUCACAGAGCAAUUGGGUUCGCUUCAGUUACAUCAGUAGGUCUGUGAGAACAUCAGGCUGUCACCAACAUGUUCAGUACCAAAAAAAAAAACCUGCUUAAGAUUUUGUGUUUCCAGACAUGUAAAGUUGUCACAUCCAGCACACAGACUGUUCGCAUUCCAACGGAUAUCUGUAUAAUCAUCCACUUGAGAAUUAGAGUUCCAGUAUAGCAGGUUCUUUUAAACGGUACUGUACGUACAUAGCAUGGCUCUGUUGAACUGUAUUUAUUUUGAUAUGAAUUUUACAUAAUCUUGGCACGAAAAUACAUUAGCUAAUAUGUGUCAAAUAUAUAAUUUGUCUCCUGUUUUGUACAUAAGUAAAAUUUCAGACUUUUGUUCCUGUUAAAUAUUGAGUAUUUUAAAAAAUGUAUUAACAGAUAUUUUGCUUUUUAGAAAUUAUGAGUGCAUAAUUCAGUGUUCACAUGGUCUAUAUUUCACUCCCAGUAAAAUGUGUAACAAUUGAAAUCAUUUUAGCACUUUAUUUAUAUAAUCCCUCACGUUCGGUAGAUUGAGAUUUUUUGUUGGUUUAAUUCAGCACAACACAAAUGAGUUCCAGCACUCAACAGUUUCUAAAAUUAAUAUGUGAACCAACUAGACUAAUACGAUUUCAAAUGAAAAUUUUCUAAGAUGUAUUGGAUGACUUGGCCAACAUAUUAGGAAGAAAAGAAUAUACCAGGGCAACAUAAACUGUAUGAACAUGUAUUAAACUGCCAUCUUAAUUGGAAAUCCCCACACAUGUACAACUAGUCUGACAAAUUCAGCUGUGAUAAAUUUUAAACAUUUAUUGAAGAUAUCUGAAUUUCAUUCAUGUUCAUCAUUGUAAAAUCCUAUGUUUUUUGAAAUGCUCAUAGUUACAGUUGCAGUUUGGCAAAUAAUUUAAUGUGUACCAUAAUAAUGUACAUUUUGCUUUUUUCAAUAAAUAUUUCCUUAGAAAAUCUC